AAAGAUCUCGAACCAAACAAAAAGAAAUGUCCACAAUGCCUCGGCAGUCCUUAUUACCUCUCUUCCUUUCUCUAAUUAUAUCUGAUUGACCGUCCCACCCAGUUUGAAAGGGUCUUGAAAAAUGGAUCAAGAAUGCCUUCAGUGAGUGAGAGAGAGAGAGAUGAAUCAAGAAUGCCUUCAAGACAACCUUUGUCUGCUACAGUACCAUCAUACCCGAGACUCAUCAAAUUCACUCCAAUCUUCAUUGCAAUCACCGCCUUAUCAUCCCUGAUCACCCUCUUCGCAAUUGCCUACUUCUUGUACUACGUGUGGUACUCUGUGCUCCGCAGGUCCCCCACCAGCCCAUUAUUUGAUUCCAAUAAUGACCCUCUGGUUAAGCUCCGGAGGUUCUCCUACAGGGAGCUGGAUUCAGCAACCCAUGGUUUCAGCCCCCGAAAUGCCAUUGGGAAGGGUGGGUCUGGGACUGUGUUCAGAGGGAGCUUGAAAGAUGGCAAGUCUGUGGCUCUAAAGCUCUUGGAUUCUUCUUCUUCUUUGGAGAGCGAGAGGGAUUUCCAGAACGAGCUCCUGAUUCUGGGAGGGAUCAAAUCCGAGCUGGUUGUUUCGCUUCUCGGGUACUGCGUGGAGAAGAGGAAGAGGCUUGUGGUGUAUGAGUACAUGCCGAACCGAAGCCUCCAGGAACUGCUUUUCUUGGAGACGAAUUCGGGGUUGGAUUGGGGGAGGAGGUUUGGGAUCGUUUUGGACGUUGCAAAGGCGCUGUCUUUCUUGCAUCUUGAAUGCGACCCGCCCGUGGUCCACGGGGAUGUGAAGCCUAGCAAUGUGUUGCUCGAUUCGGAGUUCAAGGCCAAGCUCUCGGAUUUCGGGCUGUCGAGGUUGAAGACUGAUUUUGUAGGGGCUGAUUUGUUCAGCCAGGAGAUUGGGGGAACGAGGAGCCCCCAAGACCUCUCCGGGAAUCUAGGGACUCCUACUCCCCAGGAGGAUGAGGUGGAUUUCGCCAUGGCUUUACAGGCUUCUUCCUCUUCCAACCCGAAUAGUUUCAAGAAUUCUCAGAACUUCAGAGCUCCGGGGUUGAACUCUAUGAACUAUAAUGUCGUGUUUGACGCGGAUGACAAGAUCACGACUGGAAAGGGGAAAUCAGUUGAGAAGAAGGAUUGGAACAAUGAUGAUGAUGAUGAUGAUGAUGGUGAUGAUGAGGGAAGCAGCAGCAUCAUUGAUCAUAGUAUGCUGCAGGGUAGAGAUUGGUGGUGGAGACAGGAUGUGAGUGGUGAAUUGUGCACCAAAGAUUAUGUGAUGGAGUGGAUAGGCACCCAAAUCUUCCAUUCCGCCAAUCCCAAUUGGGAUGAAGAAGGUAAAGAGAAUGUUGGCUGUGUGGAAGAAGUGAACCAGACGGGCAUCCCAGGGGGGAAAGAAUUACUGGAGUUGCAGAAUAAGAAGCCGAGGGUGAUGAAGGAGUGGUGGAAGGAGGAACACCUUGAUGAACUUUCCCAGAAGAAGAAAAAGAAGAAGAAGAAGAGUGCCAAUGGUAAUAAUCCUAAUAAAACCAAGUGCAUACGAAGCAUCAGAUUCAAAGUCCCACAUUUCGAUCUGGGGAAACACUUUGCGUUCAUGGCCCAGAACAGCAGCGAGAGAAGAUGCGAUCUAGAGAGGGAACUCAGUUUCAGGAGGGGCUGGAAGAAGAAGAAGAAGAAAAAGGAAUCACAUUGUGUUGGGGGAGGGAGCGACGCAUGGAGCCGGGACCUGAGCAGCACCACGAGCAUGCGGGGUACGCUGUGCUACGUCGCGCCGGAAUACGGGCGAUCCGGGUUCCUAAUGGAGAAGGGGGACAUAUACAGUCUGGGAGUCCUCAUUCUUGUGAUCGUCUCCGGCAGGCGACCUCUCCAUGUUCUCAACUCACCCAUGAAGCUGGAGAGAGCCAACUUGGUGAGCUGGUGCAAGCACUUGGCCCAUUCUGGGGAUGUUCUUGAAGUAGUGGAUGAGAAACUGGGAGACCAGUACAACAAGGAUGAGGCCAGGCUGUGCCUCAACUUGGCCUUGGCUUGCCUGCAGAGAGUGCCCGAGCUAAGGCCCGAUAUCGGGGAUAUCGUGAAGAUUCUGAGUGGGGAAAUGUGCUUAUCGUCGCUACGGUUUGAUUUUUUGCCAUCUCCGCCGUCCAAAUUGGUUCACAGAUCAAUGAGAAGGGAGAAGAAGAGGAAUGCAGAAUUAGGUUUCCCCAUGUAAGCGUGCAAACUGGGCCGGAGAGUGCAGUGUGUGGAAUGUAUGUUGUCUUCUUGUCCAUAUUUGCCAUUUUGAGUCUAGAGCUUGUUAUCUUUUCA